GAAUACGAGCUGUUCGACUUCAGGAAGACUGAAGUUCCUCCUCUGCUGCUGAUCCUGGACCGAAGCGACGACGCCAUCACGCCGCUGCUCAACCAGUGGACGUACCAGGCGAUGGUCCACGAGCUGCUGGGUCUGAACAACAACCGGAUUGACCUGUCCAGAGUCCCGGGGAUCAGUAAAGACCUGAGGGAGGUGGUGCUGUCUGCAGAGAAAACUUGUAUCUGAAUUUCGGGGAGAUCGGCACCAACAUAAAGAACCUGAUGGAGGAUUUUCAGAAAAAGAAGCCGAAAGGGCAACAGAAGCUGGAGUCCAUCGCUGACAUGAAGGCGUUUGUAGACAACUACCCUCAGUUUAAGAAGAUGUCGGGCACCGUGUCCAAACACGUGACGGUGGUGGGGGAGCUGUCCCGGCUGGUGUCGGAGCGGCAGCUCAUGGAGGUGUCGGAGGUGGAGCAGGACCUGGCCUGUCAGAACGACCACUCCAACGCUCAGCAGAAUGUCCGACGGCUGCUGCAGAACCCUCGCGUUACGGAGCUGGACGCCGUCCGUCUCGUCAUGCUCUACGCUUUGAGAUACGAACGCCACAGCAGCAGCAUCCUCCCGUCGUUGAUGGACGAGCUGAGCAGGAAAGGAGUGUCUGAACGAUACCGAAGG